GGCGAGUCCACUUAAAGAUGCCCGGCUCAUUCUCACUUUACUGUCUGCAGAUAUGUUAACGAAUUGGCUCCGUCUUACACUUUUGCUGCCACGGGUGAGUAGAAUGUCCAGAAUAGAAAGCAUUUCUUCACGUGACGCCAUCUUGCGCGCAGAGCCGAGAUGCUUGGGACCUGACUGGGAAGAGUUUGCGGACUUCUGCUACAAACGUUUUAAUGAUACAAAGAAGUGGUACGACGCUCAACACUUCUGCAGGAGUCUCGAUGCCGAGCUGGUGUCUAUCCACUCCGAGGCUGAGCGGGAUUGGCUGCACGACCUCGUGAAGCUUGCCCCUGGAGACACGUGGACCGGACUCAACGACCUGGUCGAUCGCGGCAGAUUCGUGUGGUCGGACCGCCAGAAGGUGACCUUCGCCAACUGGGCUCCGGGAAAACCUACCGGCCUGAUGGAGAAUUGCGUGGCCACCUUGAGCCAGUCUGGCAAAUGGAAGAAGAUGUCCUGCAUGGAAUUAAACGGCUACGUGUGCAAGAUGCCCACAGCGCGUUAUCCGCUGGAUUUGGAAAGUGCCAAUGCAAUUUGCGAGUAAUCAUCUG